CAGCUCACUCACUCGUUUUUUAGGGCCCAACGAGUAUACUUCGGCUGGGAAAAGAUAAAGGUGAAAUAUGGCGAAAAAAGGAGCCAAGCAAAAUGGCACACCUGCCCCACAGGAGAUGGCAGCGGGAAUGCACUUCGUGAGGCCAGAUGAGUUGACCGCGUGCGAAACCAUCGGCAAAUUUAUCUAUGAUACAAAGACGGGCGCUUUUUUCACCAGGACACCCUCCAGCUGGGCAAAGAUUUUGCUCUUCUACUGCAUCUUCUAUGCGUGCUUGGCUGGAAUGUCAGUUUCCUUGAUGUAUUUUUUCCUGCACAAUUAUAUCGAGGGAAGUGUAAGCCCGCGGUGGACACUCGAUGAAUCAAGAAUUGGAACUAACCCAGGCCUUGGGAAUAGACCAUUGAGUCAUAAUACUGAAAAUCACUUUACUCUGCUGAUCAUCAAUACAAAAUUCCGCACUCAAAUUAGGUACAUCAAGCAGUUGGAUGAAUUUUUGAAACCAUACAACGAUUUACUGGGUCAACAAAGGGAAAUCUGCGAUUUCGAGCGGAUGCCUAAGGAUCGCACGCUGACAUCCUGCUCGGUUGACAUCUCGCAAUGGGACCCUUGCACGGCGCAGCACAGCUAUGGCUACAACCAGUCGGCCCCCUGCGUCUUUCUCAAACUGAACCGAAUUUUCGACUGGGUGCCAGAAUAUUACAACUCGACCGACGAACUACCCGAGGACAUGCCUAAAAGUUUGAAAGAACAUAUCACGCAACUCAGUGUGACCGAGCCAGAAAAGCUGAACAUGGUUUGGGUAACUUGCGAUGGAGAGCUACCAGAUGACAAGGAACAUAUUGGAAAGCUCAAAUACCUUCCCGACCAAGGUUUCCCAGGUUACUACUACCCGUACGUAAAUACAGAGGGUUAUCUGAGUCCCUUGAUUGCCCUUCACUUUGUUCGCCCAACGCCUGGUGUGAUUAUAAAGGUUGAGUGCAGAUUGUGGGCCAAGAACACGGUGUAUGAUAAAAGAGAGGGAACAGCGUCCGUCAAGUUCCAAAUAUUCGUCGAGUGAACUCAAAAAGGUCUAUAGUGUCCGCCUCAGAUCAAAAAUGUUUCAUUGCAUAUAAAUUAAAAACUGCGGAUGAAGCAAUAAAAGGCGUUUGUUGUUGUUCAAUUAAAAUAUA